CCACGCUCUGGGAUUCAUAAAACUGUACAGUUUUGGAGCUUCUACUUGUUCUCGAACUCUCAUAAGUUUUCAAAAACUCGCAUUCUCUUACUCUCUCCGCCACUUGGAUUUCAUCUGAGCAGAAAAAGGAGAAGGAGAAGGAGAAGUAAAAGGAUGUCGAUUCGAGUGCUGAAUCCGAAUGCGGAGGUGCUGAACAAAUCGGCGGCGCUGCACAUGAACAUCAACGCCGCCAAGGGCUUGCAGGACGUUCUCAAAACCAACCUCGGCCCCAAGGGCACCAUCAAAAUGCUUGUUGGUGGAGCUGGCGACAUUAAGCUCACAAAGGAUGGUAACACUCUGCUCAAAGAAAUGCAAAUUCAGAACCCAACAGCAAUUAUGAUUGCAAGGACCGCUGUUGCCCAAGAUGACAUAAGCGGAGAUGGCACCACCUCUACUGUCUUAUUCAUUGGCGAGCUUAUGAAACAAUCAGAGCGAUACAUUGAUGAAGGGAUGCAUCCCCGUGUCCUAGUUGAUGGUUUUGAGAUUGCCAAAAGAGCAACGCUUCAGUUUCUUGAGAAAUUCAAAACUCCUGUUGUGAUGGGCAAUGAGCCCGACAAAGAGAUUCUGAAAAUGGUAGCAAGGACAACAUUGCGAACAAAGUUAUAUGAAGCAUUGGCGGAUCAAUUGACCGACAUAGUUGUUAAUUCGGUUCUUUGCAUUCGAAAACCUGAGGAACCCAUUGAUCUGUUUAUGGUGGAGAUUAUGCACAUGCGACACAAAUUUGAUGUAGACACACGUUUGGUUGAGGGUCUUGUUCUGGAUCAUGGUUCUAGGCAUCCUGAUAUGAAGAGGAGAGCAGAGAAUUGUUACAUCUUGACAAGCAAUGUAUCUUUGGAGUAUGAUAAAAGUGAAGUAAACUCAGGCUUUUUCUAUUCAAAUGCGGAGCAGCGAGAAGCAAUGGUUUUAGCUGAAAGGCGUCAGGUUGAUGAAAGAGUUAAAAAAAUCAUUGAACUGAAAAAUAAGGUUUGCUCUGGUAAUGAUAAUAAUUUUGUCGUUAUCAAUCAGAAGGGAAUUGAUCCCCCAUCUCUGGAUCUCCUUGCAAGGGCAGGGAUUAUUGCCUUGAGAAGAGCAAAGAGGAGAAAUAUGGAACGGUUGGUUUUGGCUUGUGGCGGGGAGGCUGUGAACUCCGUAGAUGAUCUCACUCCUGAUUGCCUUGGUUGGGCUGGACUUGUAUACGAGCAUGUCCUUGGUGAAGAGAAGUAUACAUUUGUUGAAAAUGUGAAAAACCCCCAUUCUUGCACAAUCUUGAUCAAAGGACCCAAUGACCAUACAAUUGCUCAGAUUAAGGAUGCUGUUCGUGAUGGUCUGAGGGCAGUUAAAAACACAGUUGAAGAUGAAGCUGUCAUCUUAGGUGCUGGAGCUUUUGAAGUUGCAGCCAGACAAUAUCUAGUAAACGAAGUGAAGAAAACUGUUAAAGGGCGCGCUCAACUAGGCAUUGAAGCUUUUGCUGAUGCUCUCCUUGUGGUACCCAAGACACUUGCUGAGAAUUCUGGCCUCGAUACGCAAGAUGUGAUAAUUGCCCUUACGGGAGAGCAUGAUCAGGGAAAUGUUGUGGGACUAAAUCACAACACUGGAGAACCGCUUGACCCACAGAUGGAGGGUAUCUUUGACAACUACUCUGUGAAGCGACAGAUUAUAAACUCAGGGCCUGUAAUUGCAUCUCAACUGUUGUUGGUCGAUGAAGUAAUUCGUGCUGGGCGUAACAUGCGGAAGCCAACUUAAGCUUCAGCGUAUGUUUCUGGCCGUGUGAAGCUUAUCGUCUUGUCUUCGGUGAAUGAUUUGGUUGAAACUACCUUAAUGUAACUGACUGAGGGCGGUAGUGUUGCUGAGGAUUGUUAGAGGAAAUCCGAAUUUGCAUCUGCUCUAGGUUUUUUUCUUGUGAAUGAAGGAUUUCUGUAAUAUAUACAUCUAGUUUGGCUGAAACUUUUCGAGGUUCGCAUUUUCCGCUCGUUUUUGAGGUUGAAUUGGUUCAACCAGGGUGGAAAACAACCGUAUGAUUUUGUUAGCUUCUGUUCUUGAAUUUUCGAUUACUGUACAAUUUUCGAGUUUUUACCA